GGGGCAGCGUAUAGGGACCAAGUGAGCCUGCCUCCUCUUCUCCUUCGUCAGCCAAGCAAAGCGAUGGCCCCGACCGUGAUGGCGUCCUCCGCCACCUCAGUCGCUCCCUUCCAGGGCCUCAAGUCCACUGCCGGGCUCCCCGUAAGCCGCCGCUCCAGCAGCUCCGGCUUUGGCAACGUCAGCAACGGUGGAAGGAUCAAGUGCAUGCAGGUGUGGCCGAUUGAGGGCAUCAAGAAGUUCGAGACCCUGUCCUACCUGCCGCCGCUCACCACGGAGGACCUCCUGAAGCAGAUCGAGUACCUCAUCCGGUCGAAGUGGAUCCCCUGUCUCGAAUUUAGCAAGGUCGGGUUCGUUUACCGUGAGAAUGCUAGAUCCCCAGGGUACUACGACGGCCGCUAUUGGACCAUGUGGAAGCUGCCCAUGUUUGGCUGCACCGACGCCACCCAGGUGCUCAAAGAGCUCGAGGAGGCCAAGAAGGCCUACCCCGACGCAUUCGUCCGCAUCAUCGGCUUCGACAACGUCAGGCAGGUGCAAUGUAUCAGUUUCAUCGCCUACAAGCCACCAGGUUGUGAGGAGUCUGGCGGCGCCUAAGCACAGCUAGGCUCACUCCUGCAUCAGCGACCAUGAAGUGUCUGUUCGCUUUUGGUUCGGGCACCUCGAUUUUUUUUUUCUGGUUGCUUCUGCUAUAUGCCAUCCCUCCCUCCGACCCGAGAGAUACCUACGUAGGGCUACUACAACUAUCGUUGGGUGAGGACAUUGUGAAUGCAAGCUCCGGCUAUACACAGAUAUGUAAUAUGGAUACCUAAAGCAUAUCUGCCAAUCCGUCGACAAUACUGGAUCGUGUUAAUUACUGUUGUCUUUGUAAUCUCUAAUAAUAUAGUUUCGUGUUUUUCCA